AUCCAUUUCCCCCUUUGAGGUUCUGCCAAACGGUGUGAUCACUACAAGAAGUUGGCUACCAGGGGCAAUAAAAGGAAGGAGGCAGCCUGCAUCACUCAUUAGUUGGAGGGGAUGGAGUGAAGACUCAACACAACCUACAACAGCAGAUCAAUUUAUCGAGUCCUCAAUAUGCCAUCAGUUCGUUUAAUCUUCCUGGCUGCUGUCCUUGUGGUGCUCAUGGCCGUCCUUACCUCUGGAGCCAAAACCACCCGCUGGCCCAAACCUCAGAGUACCAAGAAGCCCCCGAGAGCUGGAGCCAGUGGCGGCGGAGGAUUUGGAAGGACCACAACCACCACUCAUUCUAGCAGCCUUCACACAGAUGAGACAACUGAGGUUAUGAUGGACGCCUACACGCUGUCCCCCACAGACAGCACAACCUAUCCUAGUGAUACGUAUCCCACCGAAUUUCACACUGACGCCGUAGCACCCCCUGGGAACACCCAUGGAAAUUAUACACUUGACUACAAUGAAUGCUUUUUCAACUUCUGUGAGUGCUGUCCACCAGAGAAAGGCCCUGCUGGGCCCAUGGGACAGCAAGGGCUACCUGGGCCUCCAGGGGAGAAAGGGCCUCCAGGAUUACCGGGAGAGAAGGGAGAAACAGGACUUAGAGGAGCCCCUGGCCCAGCUGGACUACCUGGAGCCAAUGGACUCAAUGGCGAUAUAGGUGAAAAAGGUGAUCAAGGGCCUGUGGGUCUUCCUGGGUCCCCUGGAGUUCCUGGUAAACCAGGAGAAAAAGGUGAUCCAGGCCCCAGAGGAGAGAAAGGAGAACGUGGCUUCAAUGGUUUGAAAGGGGACCCGGGAGAAAGAGGAGAGCCUGGGCUGAAUGGGACUAAGGGCAACACAGGGAGAGAGGGGCCAAUGGGUCCCCCUGGGGUAGCUGGGACAAAGGGUCAGAAAGGAGAGUGUACGUAUGGUGAGAAAGGAGAACGUGGGCCCCCUGGACCGAGAGGUGAAAAUGGAGUUAAUGGAACCGACGGUAUGAGGGGAGACCCGGGGCCUCCAGGAGUGAACGGGGCCAGAGGGCCACCAGGACCACCAGGAGGGAGGGGUAUGGCAGGGCCAAGGGGGGAGAGGGGAGCUAAAGGAGGACGAGGACCACGAGGUCCUAAAGGUGCACCAGGUGAGAGUGUGGAACCAGUUCGCUCUGCCUUCAGUGUGGGCUUGUUCCCCAGCAGGUCCUUCCCUCCACCCGGCCUGCCUGUGAAGUUUGAUAAGGUGUUUUACAAUGGGGAGGGGCACUGGGACCCAGCACUCAGCAAGUUUAAUGUCACAUACCCAGGGGUCUACUUAUUCAGUUACCACAUCACUGUACGAAACCGGCCUGUACGCGCUGCCCUGGUGGUGAACGGCGUCAGGAAGCUGCGGACACGUGACUCACUGUAUGGUCAAGACAUCGAUCAGGCAUCUAACCUGGCUCUGCUGCAGCUGAACGAAGGUGACCAGGUGUGGCUGGAGACGCUGAGAGACUGGAAUGGAGUUUAUUCCAGCAGUGAGGACGACAGCACUUUCUCUGGCUUCCUGCUUUACCCAGACUUAAAGACCAAACCUACUACAGCAGAAAACCUGUGACAGCGGCCUUUGACCUUGGAUGCGCUUUGACUUUUACUUCUUGUAGAAUCUGCACAACUUUCAGCCUAUUGCACUGCUCUGUCGAAUUAAUGUGAUUCAGCUAAUACUGCUGCUUCAGUAUCUGUUUGCUGCUGACAUGCUAAUCAGACCAAAUG